GGGGAGAAAAUGCGGUACACCACCCUCUUGGCCCUGCUGAUUGGGGUCAUGCUGUACCUGGGGAUGGGGGCGCUGGUUUUCAGCACCCUGGAGGCCCCCAAGGAGAGCUCGUCAUACGCAGACCUUCUGAGAACCAAGCAAACCUUCCUGGAUAAUAACUCCUGUGUGACUGAGCUGGACUUCCACAAGCUGGUGAAGGGGGUGGUGUCUGCAGUAGACGCAGGCCUGGAUGUGAGCAGACUGUCCGGUAACUUCACCAGCCGCUGGGACGGACCCUCCGCCUUCUUCUUCUGUGGCACCAUCAUCACCACCAUAGGCUUUGGGAACCUGUCUCCUCGGACGUGGUACGGUCAGCUGUUCUGCGUGUGCUACGCUCUGGUGGGAAUCCCCAUGUUUGGCAUCCUGCUGGCUGGAGUGAGCGAUCACAUGGGCACCGUGCUGCGCAGAGCGGUGGCCAAGAUUGAAACCAUGUUUCUGAAACGUAUGGUCAGGCCGACCACAGUGCGCGUGAUCUCGGCGGUUCUCUCCAUCCUGAUUGGUUGUCUGAUCUUCCUCGCCGUGCCGACGGUGGUAUUUCAGAGAGUGGAGGACUGGUCUUUUCUGGAGUCUCUCUACUUUGUCGUCAUCACUCUCACCACUGUCGGCUUCGGAGACUACGUACCAGGUGGUGGUCGUGAGGACGGCUUGUUCUUCAAGCCUUUGGUGUGGUUGUGGAUAGUUUUUGGUCUCGCCUACUUUGCCUCCGUCCUCACCAUGAUUGGCAACUGGUUGAGGGUGCUGUCAAAGAGGACUCGCGCUGAGAUGGAAGAGUUGAGAGCCCAUGCCACAGACUGGACCCAGAACAUCCAGAACAUGUCCAUGGACUUCCGCAUCCCAAACCCUCUGGAGUUCAACGACCCCUUCCUCCUGCAGCGCCGGCGCUGGAAACGCAGUGAGCGCCGGCGCGUCCGUCGGGGGGCCGAGGGCACUCUGGGGUACUGGGAUCAAGUGGGAUCUCAGAAUGGAUACCUGCCAAACCGCUGGGGUGGUCUCUCCAAUUCCACUAGCCAGCUGGAGGCCCAUUCGUCUAUGGAGAGGGCGGUGGUGGUGAAGUCCAGGCCACGGGUCAGUGCGGUUGGAGGGGGAACAGUCCCGAGAGCAGGGCCUGGGCUGAGGGUCGACCCCCCUGUGGGUCUGCACGUGGAGCGACGGUCGUUUCCUCACCUGCUGGCUCGCUCGUUUUCCGUCCCGAUGGCCGUCUCCACCUCAAAGCUGAACGCGGCAGCUGCAGCCAUGCAGGGAGAAUCUCUGUCUGGAUCGGAGUCUCCGUAUGACUCCAGAUCAGACGUCUCCUCUGGCUCCUCCUCCUUCCUGGCGCUCCAGCAGUUCCAGCCCUGCUGCACCAUCAGCACCAUGGAGAAGGGAGGAGUGAGAGCCGCAGACAUGGACGCAGUACAAGAGAAAUACAAAAGGCUUCCGGCAGAGAAAUGGGGAUCUGUAGCAAACAUUACCUACAAACAGACACAUACCCCAGCCUAUCGCCCACGCUCCUCCCCUCCUCCCCCCUUUUUACGUCACUCUCCGCCGUCAAUUAUCCUUCCUUCCCCUCCCCUCAACACGGCCUCCUCGGCCAGUUGCCAGCUACUGGAUUUUUUCGGGGAGAACCUAGCAUACAUCGACGAGUCCUCGGACACGCUGAGCGACCGCGCCCAGCCGGGGGCGAGCGAGGCAAAGAAGAAACGGCCGCGGAAGCCUAAGAGGAGGAGCAUUAGGAGGCAGCUGCCACACAGGUGGAGCCCCCUGCAGGUUAGGAAGCCCAACAGUGACAUGCAGCCACCAUCAAAUCCCCCUACACCCCCCCCAGACUCUUCUCUGUCAGACCUGCCCUCGUCAAAGCAGCAGACAGAUUCCGCCCCUGCACGCUGA